AUGCGUCGCGCCAGCCGAGACUACACCAAGUACUUGCGCGGCUCCGAGGAGCUGGGCAGCGGCGCCGCCCACGAGAGCGCCCCGGCUCCGCCGCCGCCCCCGCCGCCCGCGCACCCGCACCCGCCGCCCGCAUCCCGCUCCCUCCUGGCCGCUCUCGUCCUCCUGGGGCUGGGGCAGGUGGUCUGCAGCGUCGCCCUCUUCCUCUACUUCCGAGCUCAGAUGGACCCUACUAGAAUUUCAAAAGAACAUGCACACUGUGUCAGAACACUUUUUGGACACCAAGAAAGUACAGAUUUGCAUGAUGCCUCCUUUGAAAGUCAAGAAACGAAGUUAAUGCCAGAAUCCUGUAGAAGUGUGAAACAGGCUCUCCAAAGGGCUGUGCAGAGGGAAGUCCAGCGUGCUAUGGGAAGAACGCCACCAAGACCAGAAAAAGCUGCAAUGGAGGCAUUAGGACUUGAACUGUACAAGAGGAACAAACCUGAGAAGCAGCCAUUUGCCCAUCUCAUUAUUGAUGAUAAGAAUAUUCCAUCUGGAACUCGCAAAGUGAACCUCACAUCCUGGCAUCAUGACAAAGGCCAGGCAAACUUAUCAAACAUGACAUUCAAUGAUGGAAAACUAAUUGUUAAUCAAGAUGGAUUUUACUACCUUUAUGCCAAUAUUUGUUUUAGACAUCAUGAAACUUCAGGAAACUUGACUAAAAGAGGGCUUCAGUUGAUGGUGUAUGUGAUUAAGACAAACCUUAAAAUAAGGCGCUUUGAUGUGUUGAUGAAGGGAGGAAGCACCAAAUACUGGUCAGGAAAUUCAGAAUUUCAUUUUUAUUCUGUAAAUGUAGGGGGAUUUUUUAAAUUAAAAUCCGGUGAAAUGAUAAGUAUCCAGGUAUCAAACCCAUUGCUACUGGAUUCUUCACAAGAAGCAACUUAUUUUGGAGCAUUUAAAGUUAGAGAUUUAGAUUGA